AUGGUGCGGCCACCACCACCUACCAACAAGCCCCACGUGUGCCUGUCCACUAUCCUCAUUAUGAGCAGCAUGGCACUGAUGGAUGCCUACCUGGUGGAGCAAAACCAGGGUCCUCGCAAGAUUGGCAUUUGCAUUAUGGUGAUGGUGGGUGAUAUCUGCUUCCUCAUCAUCCUUCGCUACGUUGCUGUGUGGGUGGGUGCCGAAGUCCGCACGGCCAAGCGUGGCUAUGCUAUGAUCCUAUGGUUCCUCUACAUCUUCGUACUGGAGAUCAAGGUAUACUUCAUCUACCAAAACUACAAGGCUGACCGCAGGAGCCUGGACUCCAUCUCUCGCAAGGCCCUGACUCUGCUGUUGUCCAUUACUGUGCCUGUGCUCUACAUGAUCCUGGUGGGCAUCGAUCAUAUGGAAUAUGUGCGUGCAUUCAAGAAGAAGGAGGAAAUCCGCAACCGGCUCUUCUGGGUGGUGGUGGACCUCCUGGAUAUCUUGGACAUACAAGCCAACCUGUGGGAGCCCCAAAAGAAAGGGCUCCCCCUUUGGGCGGAGGGCCUGAUGUUUUUCUACUGCUACAUCCUCUUACUAGUCCUGCCCUGUGUGUCACUGAGUGAGAUCAGCAUGCAAGGCAUCAACAUUGUGCCCCAUAAGAUGAUGCUCUAUCCCAUCCUCAGCCUGGUCACCAUCAACAUCAUCACGCUUUUUAUCAGAGGCGGCAACCUGAUCUUCUACAAGGACAUGAGGGUUUCUGGAAUUCUGAUGGGAAAGAACCUCAUAGCCAUCAUUCUAAAAACCUGCAGUUUUGUGCAGUACAGGGCACAGUUGCAAAAUGUGCCCCCCACCCUAGGCAUAGAGCUCCAAAAGAAUGCCACCCCGCAGGCUCCUCCAAUGCUUACGCCACCCCAGGUUGUGAUUCAGGACAUGACAACCUUGCCAGAGGUGACUACCUGUGAACACACAUGA